AUGGGGAAAAGAAAACUAGUGAGACUGCAACAUCGACGCACCAUCCGUCACACCUAUGCCAACGAGCGCAUGCAGCUCCCCGAGCUGUCGGCGGCUGAUGCAUCGCAGCACCGCGAGCCACCGUGGCUGCUCCAUGGCAACACAGGGCUUGCCGCCGCCGCACGAAGCUUCAUCGCAACUUCUGCGAGAGUUCCAUUGCAACGCCGACGAGCUUCAACGGCCUCCCUGGCACUUCAAUGCAACUUCGGCGGGCUACACUGCAGCUCCGGUGGCGCUUCAUUGCAGCCUGCACGGAGGCAACUGUCUCAGCUUGAUCCUGCUAAAUGCGUAGAACUUGUCAAUUCAACAAUAGAAAGGAUGAAGAAUUGUCACAAUAGGGAUGACAAGUGUGCUGAACAACCUGUAGAGAAAUUAAAACCAACAACUACUGACCCGGCUAUCCUGGAAGCACGCUAUCGCUUUGAAAGACUUAUGGAGGAGAAAGAAACAAUCAAGAAUGGAAUGAAAUGGAUGAAAAAGGAGGUUGUUCCAGCAUUUGAAAACUACAGACCAGAAGCUGGUUAUGAUAAAAAUCUUCAGCACGAGCUUGUGAUGAUUCACUCCCAGUGUCUCAUAUAUGACACCUUCUCAAAAUCGUACCAUCACUACAAUUUCACAAUGAGGACAAGACAGUCUAGGUCAAAGCAGUGGAACUACCAACAAUUCUUCGCUGAAGCCAAAUCCAUGGGGGGUAAAACGCAGUACUUUUGCUGCCCACUGCAGCCUAGUGAGCAUGGUCAUUGCUUUGGAUGCCGGAAGGUUGGCGUUUCUCUUAGACAUCCCGAGAGUGGGGGCUAUGAGAAGGGUAAUUCAGGCUCUGGAUUUCCAUCUGAUAAGUGA